AUGGCAAAACGUAGGGCCAUCACCGAGGUCCCGACCUGCAUGAACGGUCUCGCGUAUAAACGACACCAAAGCAUCGACGACAGCCUGAUCGAGGGUUUCGCAAAACUCCUAUCCAAACGCUACCUCGACGACUUACCACAAGAGAUCCUCCUCAGAAUCUUCCAGAACUUUGCCGAGUCAUGGGUGCUAACUGACGACCUGGCUGAUUGGGAGGUGUACACGCUCGACCGACACAGUAGGGCCAGGCAGCAGGCCCUAAUCGCCCUCACCAAGACGUGCCGCCGUCUCAACGCGCCCGCGACGAGCAUUCUGUACCGAUGCGCUCAUCUGCGGAAGUACAGAUCGGUCCUCUACUUCCUCAGCUCCCUCCGGCUCCAGCCAACACUCGCUUCCCUAGUUAAACAGGUCUCUUGUCCUCAUGAAGUCCUGAUGUGUCUCGCCUACGCCUUCUAUUCGGGAGCUGAGAAUUUGAACAGAGACCGGGGCACCCCGACCGAACUCAUCAGACGAACAGCUCGUCCACUCGGACGAUCGAUGCCGCGCGAUCGACAACACAUGAGGUGGUACGACUCGUACUUCCAUGUUGCAAUACACCGUAGGGCUCUGAACGAGAUCUUGAAACGCGUGCCAGCGAUCAGGGCGUUGUCGAUAGCCACGUGCAGUCCGUGGCAAAGAAGCUACCCACUCAGCUCACAAUCAUUGAAACACCUCGAAAAGCUGAGCAUCUGCAUCCCGCUUGAGCCCGAGGUCGAUAUGAGGCUCCAAAGAAGUAGCUACUCCAUCCUGUAUUGGCUGAAACCAUCCAACCUCGGCCAGCAUCCUGCUCUCAAGCAGCUGGAGCUCAUCCAGCCCCGUGGGAAGUGGGUUGCUCAGCUCGUGACUAUCAAGCCCAGCUCAGGAGCGGAGUCUACUGGCGUUGAGAAGUACGUCGAGUCGCUGACGACAUUCAAACGGAAUGGCGGGGGCUUCGCUCAGUGGGAUCUCAUGAGUCUGAAGCAAACCGUGUUCAGUACGAAGUAUUUGCACGCCCUGCACUAUGCAGGCCAGAGCCGCACAUGCACCGGCGCCUGCACCAGGGAGCUGCCGGACCACUGGAAUCUCAACCGCUUCCUAGCGACCACAGGCCAGGGCAUCCGAACUCUCAGUCUCGACUGGGAGAACGACUGCGUCCAGUACUGCCAACUUGGGCCGACGGCCAUGCUCACGUCGCUUCCCGUGCUCGCGAACCUGACGCAUCUCACAGUGUCGAUGCAAGUCCUCUUCCAGCGGCCCGACACAUGCAAGUUACACAUCGAAGCCAUCAUGGAGGACCCAGAAGUCGCGCUCCGACGGCUGCUCCCAGUCUCCCUACUCGUUCUCCGGAUUAGCGAGUUUAUGCCCACGAUCUUGCAGCCUCGUUCUGACGACCACAGGACCGAGGAAGCUCAUGUGACGAUGUACAGCAGAAAAGUGUUACAUUUAAUUGACGCACUUCGCAUUUACUGGCUCGGCGCCCGAGCCGACAGGGAAUUGUGGUUCAAGUACUUCCUGAAAUUGGAGCAGCACCCUCGCUACCUCAAUGAGCCCUCGCGCCGGAUUCUGAGGUGGAUUGUCAGCCACCAGCGGCACCAGGACGUCGGGAGAGAGUUUGCGCGCGUGUGGCAUAGCUGA